GGUGGGUUGAGUGGGGGGUAUGGGGUUGGAGGCGGCAGCAGCAGGCAUGAAGCUGGCAUACUGCAGAUGGCAGCUGCAGCGGCGAUGGCACAGCUGGAGGCGGAGGCUGCCGCCGCUGAGGCCGAGGAAAGAGGCAACGGCGCUGAUCGGGAUGAUGAUGGCAAUGGUGGCGUCGCUGGGUACGGCAUUGCCGUACGGGAGCCCUCGUCCGUUCCGUUGGUACCUGCCGUACUUCCCGGCGGUGGCGGCGGCGGCAACAGGCGGGUGCCAAGGUCAGUGUUGGCGAGGGAAAGCCGACUCGGUCGUAGUACCGGCCCCGGCGGCGGCGGCGGCGGCGGCAGUACAUCGUCCGACGGCACUUCCGACGGCAAUGCCGGCGGCGGCGGCGAUGACGUCGGCGCGACGUCAAUGCGACAUCGUCUAGCGCGCAUGUCCAAGCCGUCAGUGACGGCGCCGUCCGCCGCCGCCGCCGCAGACGGCGCUGACGACGGCGUUACGAGCUCACGUCCAGAGCCGGUGGCGGAAGGGGUCGUGGAGUCUGGCGGCGGCGGCGGCACCGACGGCGGCGGCGGUUGGUGGUCUGGAAUGCGGCAUCGGAGGCAUCAGGCUGAAGCGAAUGCAGCCGGCGGCGGCGCCAGUGGACGUCAAGCGGGCGCCGGCGGCGGCAGCAAUGGCGGGAAGCUGCUGAAUAGCAGCAGCAGCAGCGGGGGCGGCGGCGGUAGGUCGGUGUUGGAUGCGCUGACCGCCUCCGUUAGGGAGCGUGAGGAACUGCGAGCGCAGCUGAAGGAGGACGAGGAGGAACGUGAGGAGAAGCCGCCGCAUACCAUUGUUAUCAAGAUCAUGGUGAGCUACCUGCAAGUCACAUCGGUAGCCCGCUCCCUGGACCUGGAGUACCCGGCCUUUGUGAACAAGCUCUUCAACAUCGGCCUGCAGGCCUCCAGUGCCGUCUCCACCUUCGUCUCCCUGGACUGCUCCCUCCCCUCCAACGGCCUCUCCAAGGCCAUCCAACGCACCAUCAUAACCGUCGCCCUGCCCGGCAUCUUCGCUCUGCUUGCACUCCCCGUCUGGCUCACCACCUACCUGCUCCGAGCACGCAGCCAGAGGCGAGCGGUGCCGGAACCCGGACCCGCCUUGCCACCGGGAGAUAGCGGCUUGAAGCUCCCCGAUCCCGGUUCCCCCCCACCUCCGCCACCUCCACCUCCAACUAGUGGUGCCGCGAGUGCUGCUGCCUCCGCGGGGGUUGCUGCUGCUUCCGGCACCUUGGACUUGUCCACUCCGGAGGGACGCAAGGCCUACAUCAUCCGCGGUGGCGGCGGUGGUGGUGGCGGCGGCACGGAGGAGGAGGAGGGGCAGCAGCAGGGUGGUGGCAGUGGUGGUGGCAGUGACGGUGCGGGGUCUCCGGGGCGGAGGCAGGAGGGGGUUGUGCGGGUGGCAGGCCGGGUGAGCUUCAAGGGAAGUGGUGGUGGUGAGUUGGAAGCAGGAGGAGCAGGGGAGGCGGGAGGCGGAGCAGGAGGAGGAGCUCCGCUGUCCCUCCGGGGCUAUCUGGGUCUCCGUAUGGUGGUCACAUGCAUCGCGGUUAUAUUCUACUUCUACCCCUCGGUCACGGACUCCAUCCUGUCCAUCCUGCAGUGCGAGCAGCUGGACACGGACCAGGAGGCGUACGGACAGUACGCGCAGGCCAAAGGGUCCUUCUGGGAGAUGGACUACGGCCUGCACUGCUACCGCUCGCAGCACCUGGUGCUGGCGGCGGCGGUGGGCUUCCCGGGGCUGGUGCUGUUUUGCCUGGGGGUGCCGGCGGCCUCGGCGGCCUGGCUGCGGCACAGCGCACGUAGGGGACGGCUGAACGACCGGGACUUCAGCGACCGAUACGGCUUCCUGUACGAAGACUACUCCCGUCAGUACUACUUUUGGGAGAGUGUGAUCAUGCUGCGCAAGUUGUUGGUGGUGGGGCUGCUCAUCGUGACCAACUCGGAGGACGACAUCGUGCAGGUGCUCAGUGUGCUGGGAGUGGUGGUGUUCGCCGGCGCGCUGCACGCCGUGUGUCGUCCCUUCGAAACCCCGCGGUUCAACCGCCUGGAGUCGUUGUCCCUGGGCGCAACCGCGCUCAUCCUCUAUCUCAGCUGCUUCUUCCUGGUCGACUUGCCGGACAGGGCAAAGGAGGGCCUGAGCGUCAUCAUCGUGCUCAUCAACGUGGGCAUGCUGGGCUGGUUCUGCUACUGCGUGGCGAUAGAGGCGUGGAGCUACACGGUUCGAGUGCUGGACACGGACGGCGACGGCAAGGUGACGCAGGCGGAGGUGCGCGCGUGGCUGCGGGAGAAGCUGGGAGGCCCCCUGGCCGGGCUCGUGGGCUGGGUGGCGGCUAAGGGGCGGGGGAAGGGUAGUGGAGGUGGAGGAGGUGGAGAAGGAGAUGGAGAUGGUGGGAAGGAUGGGGGUGAAGAUGGGAAGGAUGGGGAGUGGGCGAGCAAGUCGCAGGCGGCCAAGGGUUGUGAGUUGGUGGUGGUGGGUAGGCCAGGGAGGUCAGCGGCAGGAGGAGGAGGGGGGACGGCGCUUGUGCCGCCGCCGCCACGGCCGCUCCGGUCGUCUAAGACUGUUGAGACGGCGGCAGCAGCAGCAGCCCCGGGGUCGGGCGUGGUAGGCGUGACGUCGUCAUCCGGAGCGGGGGCUGCGGCUACCCCGGUCGUGGUCAUGAGCAGCCUGCCAGUCGUCGAGUCAGUGACGGCGCCGCCGUCGCCGUCGGCGGUGGCGGCGGCGGCUCCGGCUGUUCUCCUCCCGUCGUUCAGCCCUAAGAAGGCCAGCGGAGGGGGCGGCCUGGCAGCCGUCACUGAUACCCUAGAUGCGCAACUUGUCGGAAAUGGUGGUGGCGGUGGCGGCAGCAACGGUGACGUCAAGGGCGGCCGCAACAGCGGCGGCGGUCGCGGCUCUUCCACUUCCUCUAGCUCCUCUGCCAGCGCCACAUCCCCUUCCGACCUGCUAGGGCCGCCAGGAGCCCUGCCCGGCUCGCCCAUCCUAACCGGCAGCGAAACCCAGGAAGCAGCCAGUGCUUCUGGUGGCGGUGUUAGUGGUGUUAGUGGUGGUCGUGCGGGGAGUCGCGGCAGUGAGGGCAGCAGCAGUGGUGGGGAGCGGCGGAGUGGCGGCAGCAGUGCUGGUGGCGGGGGGGAUGCUGGGGGCGGCGGCAGGUCGAGUGCUAACAGAGCAGCGGGGCCGCGCACGGGUGCAGUCCUGGAGCAGUAGUGGUGGGUUAGGGCUUGGAAGGCUUGCUGCGGGGCUGUGUGGGGCGGUGUGGCAUGCGGCAUUUGCCGUGUUGCGAGGAGGAGGAGGAAGCGUUGUUUGAUGAGGACAAUGCUUGGGAAGGCGCGCGUGUAUUUGAGGCUGUGUGUGUUGUCGUUACUAUUGGAACCACGGGGGACGUAAAUAGUGUUCCCCCAUUCUGCCCCAUUGUGAACAGCUAUUAACAUGUGAAACGGAUGGGAGGCUGUCGCUUCCUUACACGGGUGUUGGAGGAUCUUGAACGACCGUGCAUUCAUGCAUGUCAGCAAUGUACAUGAUUGCCGAUACUGGUAUUGCAACCUGCGCUCAAGGCUGUGUUAGGCGGCGCAUUCUUGCAUUCAUGAUCGCGGGUGCCUUGUGAAUGUAUUUGGUGGUUGGGUCCUUCCAAGGGAAGGAAGGAGAGGAGGGUGUCUUGCGGGCGAGCUAGGCAUGCUGGGUGCAGCAGUUGACAGUUAUGUUGGUUGGGGUUCGAGGAGCGGCUGCCUGUUUCCCGGACCGCUUGUGCCUCGUUCUCCGUCUGGCGGUGUAGCGACGUCCGUACGAUGGCGCUAUCGCAAGUACGGCAACAAGUCAUAGAGGCCGGAACUAGAGAGAUGUGGCAUCGCUGAAUCCAUGAUUGACGUACGUCUUACACUACAGUGUCGUACAUUUGUGGGUCUUGUGGUCUUCUACAAUUACCGCGCAUGUGUCUUGUGCAGCGGUCUUCAAUCAGAUUGUUGGAAUGAUUUGGCCGGCACACGUUGGGACGGUUAGUUGCGGGUAACCCAACCCACCUUGCGUAUACGGUAUCUGUCUGGGCGUUGUUGGACCUUUUGUCUGGCCAUUGCUGGGUAGCAUGGUAGCUAGCAUGCUGCGGUUGACAUGCUCUUUGCUUGCUUGUGCAAGCGCAUUCGCUGAUUCCUUGCUGGCGGCUAUCGUGACCUAAGAGAGCCCUGUGAAAUGGGGUUUUCGUAGUUGUGGUUCUGGACCGUUACCGUACGUCUAAAUGGACGCCCGCGGCAAUGCCGGCUUUCAUGUCUUUUCGUAGCGCAUGGUUGUGAUAGGGCUAUGGCAUGUGUUAUGUGUAUAUCAGCCAGCUGGCGCCGUGCUUUGAAAUUCUCAAUCCCACACCACCCUCAUUUUCGUUCGUAGCGGCUCAUGAGCGACACCGAUAACCACCUAACGCCAUCCGGGCGUUUCUGAUGACUUGAGACCCCCGGCCGCUACCGCGAAUGUUCAUGCGUCUAGCGAUACCCUACAGAACUAUUUGCACAUGCACACUGCUUAAGCACCCAUGGGAGACAUUCGGGAGAGGCCCUUUCGAGGCUUGUCUUGGCGCUGUAGAUUUGUGAUCUGCAUGCAUGGGGACUGCUUUCAAGACGUUGUAGUUGGUUUCGUUGGGGUUUCGUUGGUAAGGUUUGAAGGGGCGAAAACUUCGGAAGGGGGAUUUAUGGCGCGGCAUAGGCUAUUAGCUAACUGUGAGGGCGGCCUCAGCUCGGGUUGCAUGCAAGAUGCUGCCCUAUGUGUCCGGCAGGUCUUGAAAUGUAUGCAAAAGAGAGCUGUAAUGAUAAAGUUUA